AUAACGUGGGCAUACAGACAUUUAUUUCCAUUGGUGCUUUAGUCUGUCAGUCUUAUUGUGUAGCUCUGAGGUUGGUUAACUAAAGCAACAUGGGAUAAUCGGCUUUAACAGAGGCUAAUGUCAUGUUGCUUUGGCUCACCACAAACCCCCUUAGUUCAGGCAAAGCAAAGAAGUGAAGGGCUGCUCGGGAAUUUACUCUGAACCUUUUCAAUGGAAUGUUGGUCCGAUUGCGUACAUGGGUGUUUAUCAAAGCAAAUCCUGUGGAUCUGAUGGAUCUGGACUUGUGACCCGAUACGAUCGAACUCAACUGGGACAUUUCUAGACUGAAUGAAUAACAUUUCAGUGUGAGAAAUGGGGACUGUGCUUUCUAUAUCUCCGAUUCUGGAUGAUGGAGGUUUAUCGGCGUGCGAAGCCAAUGGGAAAAUAGAGAAGAGUUUAAGGAAGCCGUCGAUGAUCGUGUCCACUCUUGCAUUUAAACGGUUUGUGACCGCAUCCGCUAAAACGAUAAGUGGCAAGAAAGUUAAUCCGAAUCUACCUGUUACUGGUGACGUUCAAGCGCUCGAGCGUUUGAACAACGAAAACUUAAAGAGAUCGACCAACACCGAUCUGAAAACUAAAAAUGGACCUAAUGGACUUAAAGAUCAUCUCGAUCAGGAACCGUUAUCUCCAAAGCCGAGGCAACUGGUGUCGGUUCAAAAACAGCCCAGUAGUCCGUCGCUCAUCUCUCCGAGGCGCGUGAUCGUCCAGGCCUCCACCGGCGAGCUGCUCCGAUGCCUUGGUGAGUUCACGUGCAAACGAUGCUUCAGACUGAAGGAACUCCGUCCAAACGAGGUCAUUGGCUGGUUCCGAAACGUAGACAGGACUCUGCUGUUGCAGGGCUGGCAAGAUCAAGGGUUCAUCACACCAGCCACUCUCGUGUUCGUUUAUCUGCUGUGUAGAGAAACUCUGACGGAUGAUAUUGACAAUCAACGUGAGCUCCAAGGGACCUUUCUGACCUGUUUGUAUCUCGCAUAUUCCUACAUAGGAAGCGAGAUAUCGUAUCCUAUCAAGCCCUUCAUGGUAGAGACCGAUAUUGACGUGUUCUUUGAGCGAUCUUUGGAUGUCAUCAAUAAACUGAGUGGCCAAAUGCUGCAGAUUAAUGUCGAUUCGCAAUUUUUCACAGAGGUUUUUCAAGAUUUGAAAAACGAAGGGGAUUACAAGACAGAUGCAUGUGAAGUGGAGCGGUAGAGUGCAUGCGCAGUAAUCAAUGACACUGAUUUAUUGAAUUCAAUUGCGAUCAAUUUAUUUUGACUGGAACUUGCGCAAAAAAAUGCUGAGCUGUUAUUAACUCAUAUUGUUGUGAAAAUAUGGACAAUUCAAACUGCUGGGUUCAAUUUCACUUAUGGAUUGUUUUAUACCAUGUAUAUGGGUCAAAUGUGGGUCAAUUUAAAUCAAGCUUGGGUUAAAAGCCGUGUGCAAUGGAUGGGGAUUUAGUUUUUCAAUAUUUAUGUCACUGUUGUGGUGGUUGUUUAGACAGUACAAAUAUUACAUAACAUGGCUUGUGCCUGUGUAGGUGCAGUUAAAUGCCUGUCGUAAAGAUUUAUAGACAGUCGCAAAAGUCAAAAAGAGGGAAUGUACAAACACAAUUUUAUUUUACACUUGCCAGCUUCAUCUUUCAUUGUUUACUUUCCCUGAGAUCAGAAAAAAUUAUUUUAGAUCAAAAGAUAUAUAUUUUUGUUUUGUUUGUAUUAUGAUCAUGCGCAUUGUAGCUUGACCACAUUGUUGGUUACAAAUAUACCCAUGUAUUUCUUCUUUAAAAUAUGUAUACACUUAAAACAGUUGUGGUAGCAACCCUUUAUUACCUUAUAAUGGACAAAAAUACACUUAUAAAAUAGAUAUGAAUGGAACUAUCCAUGGUGCUGAACUGUUUGUGUUGCUUUAUUGACAGAUGUCGAUCUUAAAGGGAUAGUCCACCCAAAAAAUGAUUUCUUUAUUUUCUUAUAUUCUUAUAUUUUAAGGAAUGUUUGUAACCAAAAUGUUUGUAAGCCCCAUUCACAUCCAUAGUAGGAAAAGAGAAUAAUAUAGAAGUAAAUGGAGCUUACGAACGGUUUGAUUACAAACAUUUCUCAAAAUCAAAGAUAUGUCAACGUCUAUAUUUUUUGAGACAUCUCAGAGUUCAUGGAGUGGGCAAGGAUAUUAUGUUAGUGUUUUACAAGGCAGCUAUUGAGUCCAUUGUCCGGUAUGGUAUCGUGGCUUGGUUUGGUAACCUGUCCGUUAAAUUAAAAUCACAGCUACAAACAUUGAUAAAAAGGGCAGGGAAAAUAAUAGGGCAAAUGCCACCGACAACUAUAAAUGAGCUCUUUGAGGAGGCGGUGAAGAAACAAGGUUUAAAAAUCAUCAAUGACCCCAAUCAUGCCUCUGGGUAGAAGGUACAGGUUACCAAACUGUAAACUUAAUCGAUAUAAAUUUUAAUUUGUGCCACUUUCAAUCAAAUUAAUAAAUAACAACAGAUAGGGGUGCGUUUGUAUUAGCUGUAUGUGAUGUAUGUAUGAUAAAUUUUAUUAAAGGAGAUUGGAUAUAAAAGUAGAAUAGGUUAUGUCUUUGUAAUUUUAGGGUACUGGUGUAAUAUAUAGUAAGGUUUUUUGUAUUUAUGAGUGUAUAUGCUGUGUUUAAAGCUGUUAUGGAAUUGUGCAAUCGGGUACUGUGCAAUACAAAUGCUAACUAUUAUAGUAAGUUUAACGGGACAUGUGGAAUUGUCAGGAUGAGGUGGGAUGGUGGGUGUGUUUUGUGUAGGUAAGGUGUGUUUUCUAUCUCUUUUGUGUAUGUAUAAAUGUAUCGCUUUUUAUUUCCUGAUUGCCCAAGACAAAUUUCUCCAAUAGGAGACAAUAAAGGCUAAUCUAAUCUAAUCUAAUCUAAAAUAUCUUCCUUUCCGUUCUUCAGAGAAAAAAAAAAGAAAUUUAUACAGGUUUGAAACAACAUGAGAUUAAGUAAAUGAUGACAGAAUUUUCAUUUUUGGGGGGACUAUACCUUUAAUGUAAAACUUGAUAACGUUGUCUCAUGACUGAGAAUUCUUAUAUGCCAACCCAUGCAUUAUGUAAGGUUAUUUUAAGUCAUAAAGUUUUGAAAAAUAUGAGAUGAUCAUGAGAGUUUAUUUUAUUUGCCAUGGUUUCUUG